AUGAAGGCCAGCCCAGAUGACUACAGGAACGACAGCACGGCGCUGUCCCUGUAUGGAAACCUGGUGAACGACACAUUCACGUGUGACAAGAGGCAGGUCAGGCCGUUCGCAAGAGCCCUCCUACCAGUGUUCUUCUGGCUCAUCUUCUCUGUGGGCACGGUGGGAAAUGCCUUGGUGGUGCUUGUCUGCUGUAAAUGCUGCUUCAGGAGGAGCAUGAUGGAUCGGUACCUGCUGCACCUGGCCAUUGCCAACCUGGUCCUCUUCUUCACCCUCCCCUUCCGGGCCAAGGCUGCCCCUGACGGCUGGAUUUUCAAGAGCUUCAUGUGCAAGGUCAUCAACAGUAUGUACAAGAUCAACUUCUAUGGCUGCAGCUUGUUUCUAACCUGCAUCAGCUUUGACAGGUACAUCACUAUUGUCCAGGCGAUGAAAGCUAAAACUCUGAAGCGAAGGCAGCUGCUGCGCAGCAAGCUCAUGUGCUUGGCUGUCUGGCUCACAUCUGUGAACCUGUGCGUCCCAGAAAUUGUGUACAGCCAAAGCAUGCAGGUGGGUAACGUAGCAGUUUGCAAAAUUACGCACCUGCCAAACGUCAGCAUGAUCUUCAGAGCUACUGUCCUGGCUUCGAAAGUCACAAUAGGAUUCUUCCUCCCACUCCUCGUCAUGGUUGUCUGUUACGCUCUUAUCAUCAAGCCCCUCCUGCAAGCCAAAAGAUCCCAAAAGCAGAAGUCACUGAAGAUCAUCACCAUGACCAACAUCACUUUCCUCAGCAUCCCACCAGUCCCAUGA